AUGGCGCUGCCUCCGAUCGCAAAAGCCACUUUGCAGGCCGCUCUAAUCAGUGCUAGCUCGAAUGUGUUGGCGCAGGGUAUCACUUCGUAUCGAGAAGGGACGCCCUUUGAGCUUGACUCCGAGGUCCUAUUCCAGUUCACCACUAGCGCGCUCGUUCUAUCGCCGCUGGCAUUCCUCUGGCUUGAGGGGCUUGAGCAGCGAUUCCCGGGGUUCGAGCAGGGAAAGCCUGAGAGCGCGAAAGGCAAAGAGAAUGCAGAUGGGAGGGAGAAGGACAAAGGAAAGAACGAGGCCGAGGCCGAGCCCAGGCCCAACGUCAAGAACAUCGUGGCGAAAAUCGUGGUCGACCAGAUUAUCGGCGGCGCAUGGAAUACCGUCGCUUUCAUUGCGACUAUGGGCGUCCUCCGCGGACAGGACUAUGAAGUCAUCAAGGGGGAGAUACUGGAUAAUUUCUGGCCGUACAUGCUCGCAGGGCUCAAAUUCUGGCCGCUCGUCUCGAUCCUGAACUUCACGGUUGUCCCCGCGAACCAGCGAAUGCUUGUCGGGAAUCUGUUCGGUGUGGUAUGGGGCGUCUAUGUCAGCCUUAUGGCUGCAUGA